GAUAGAUCUAUAAGUUUGUUUAUAGCUGUUGUUCAGUGUAGUACAAUAAAGAUGUCAAGAAGACAAUUGUUUCUGAGCAGGCGAGUGGUGACCGAAGAGGAGAUUAUCGAUGGAGGCGUUUUGGUUGACGAGAAUGGUGUCAUUGAGAAAGUUUUAAAGAGAGACGAAGCUAGGAAACUUGCCGCAGAGGGUGAUGGGAAAAUCAAGGUGGUAGAUGGCGGGGACCUAGCUCUGAUGGCAGGCGUGGUGGACUCGCACGUGCACGUCAACGAGCCAGGGCGCACCGCCUGGGAGGGGUUUCGCACCGCCACCAACGCAGCCGCUGCCGGCGGCAUCACCACCAUCGUCGACAUGCCUUUGAACUCCAUUCCACCGACAACUACUGUGGAGAAUCUGAAAACCAAAGCAUCCUCAGCGAAGAACAACGUCUAUGUGGAUGUCGGCUUCUGGGGCGGAGUUAUUCCGGGAAACCAGCAUUCCCUACGAGACUUGGUGAAAGCUGGAGUAGUAGGAUUUAAAUGUUUCCUUUGCCCAAGCGGUGUAGAAGAGUUUCCCAAUGUAGAACUCAGGGAUCUGGAAAAGGCCUUUGAGGCAUUGGAGGGCACAGGGUCAUUACUAGCGUUCCACGCCGAAAUAGACGAUGAAAAUACUUCUCAUGAACCGAAGCAAAAGAAGAAGGAAUGGUCCGGGCAGUUGUGCUUUUCAUAUCAAUUCUGUCUGCCACUGUCUUCACCGUGCCUGAUAAUUAAGGACCCCAAGGAGUACCAAACGUAUCUAGAGUCAAGGCCUCCAGACAUGGAAUUAAAUGCCAUAUCUCUUAUUACAAGUUGUCUAGAGAAAACAGAUGUAAGAGUGCAUGUGGUGCACGUAUCAUCAGCGGAAGUGGUGCCACUGUUGGAGAGGGCACGUAAAGUGAGGAUGGCGACGGGCCACGGCGCGUGGCGGGGCGGAGUUACCGCCGAGACCUGUCACCAUUACCUCUCGCUCAGCGCGGACCAGAUACCGCGAGGGCACAGCGAGUAUAAAUGCGCUCCUCCUAUCAGGGACAAGGAUAACAAGGAGGAAUUAUGGAAAUAUUUGUUGGAUGACAAAUUGGACCUGGUGGUGUCAGACCACUCGCCGUGCACUCCCGAUCUCAAGUGCAGCAACAACUUAGAAGCCUGGGGAGGGAUAUCUUCGGUGCAAUUUGGUUUAUCUCUGUUCUGGACAGAGGCGAGCUCCAGAGGCCUAGAUUUGAAAACCGUUUCAAAGUACCUUAGUUCCGGCCCCGCCCAGCUCUGUGGUCUACAAGACCGGAAAGGAGCGUUGAAGGCUGGACUGGACGCAGACUUCAUCUUUUACGACUCAGAUGCAUCGUUUACUGUUACAACUGACAUAAUUCGGUACAAAAAUAAGCUAUCACCAUAUCUGAAUAAGACAUUGAAGGGUGUAGUGAAGGAGACAUAUCUGCGAGGACAGUUGGUGUAUGCUGACGGGGACGUGGUGGGAGAACCCAAGGGGAAACUACUCUUAAACAACUUUUAAAUCAAGUGAUAGUUACGUCAUGAAAAACCAAAGUACUUAGUUACUAGAUUAGAUUAUAAUUUAUAGUUAGAAAAUGUACAAUUAUCUGUUUGGAAUAAAAUUAAAUAAUAAUACAGAAAGUG